AUGUGGACAGUACUACGCGACACGGCAGUCGGUUUGCUUGCCGAAAUACACACACUGCAGAAUGAGGCCAAAAUGUCAAUUAUAAUAGCAAUCGUCUUCAUGGGCUUGCUCGAGUUAGGACGAUCGCAGUACCUAACGAACACUGUACAUAAGACAUCAGCUGCAACGGAGAAGAUUAAUGAUCUCUGGUGCUACUCCUGCAAUGCCACCGACGAUGGUGAGUCUUGUAUCGAGCUGUCGUCCGGAAAUAAUGCAUCCUACGUUAAAAAGUGUAACCCGGAGGAAUUUAUCUGCAUGGUUAAACAGUUUUCCUACACAACCAGCACGGAAAAUUCGACCUCCACGCCAAAGCUGUGGUCGCUCGAGCGACGUUGCAUCAGUAGCUGCGAAGCGGGUUGCAUUAUCAUAGGCGAACGCACCAAACUGUACGCCUGCACUAGUUGCUGUGAGAAGUCGCUCUGCAACACCGGCAAAGCGCACUCGACCAAUCCGAUAGCACACUUUCGGCGCACCUCAACCACUCUGGCACUGGGCCUGCUAGUGUUCCUUAGCGUAGCGAAAUCCACUCUACCAGUGAUGCUCUAGUUUUCGUACACGGUAGCACGUUGCACUUAAGGUAUUUUAGGGUCUUAUUGCAGCACGGCGCUUUUCCUACCACCACAACUCCCGACACAUUUUCCUUCCCGAAACGGUCCUGCCCGAUCAUACCCGAGUUGCCAAACAGAUACACAUGACCAAUGCUUCCAGGGACCGCACAAAAGAAACCGUUUAGAACAUGAUCGAACACUCCCUGCAAGGAAGUUUACACACACGUCAUGUUGCAUUGUGGAAUAACAAGUUCAAAAGGUUCAGAUAUUGCACAAAUGAUCAGACAGCGCGAAGCUAAAUCAAGAACUACCUUUAUAAAAACGAUUCGGUCUGCUUCAUU